AUGCUGAUGAUACUAAAAUGCUUUCUCAAAUCAAGAUAACUGAAUGAGCCUUAUCAUGGGGGUGUUGGGUCAUUCCUGCUAACUAUGCUGGUCACAUCAUAUUUAUAAAGGAGGUACAAAGAAGGUGGAACUGAUAAGAUUGAUUUGGGAAGACAUCUUAUCGAUUUUCUAGAGUUAUACGGAACUAAGUUCAACUAUGAGGAUAUUGGAAUAUCAAUUAGAGAUGAUGGAUUCUAUUACUAGAAGUCGAAGCGAGGCUGGCAAGGGUAUGAUGAGAGAACUCGCUCAAAAUUAUCUGUCGAAAAUCCUUAAGAUUCUGAAGUGGAUAUUGGAGGCAGUGCCUUUAACAUCAAAAGAGUUUAGAGAGCAUUCUAGCAUGCUUAUGAUACCUUGAUAUUCAAUAACAGCAAUAGUGUCAGCAUUCUUAAAUUGAUUAUUACUUCAGAUCCAUCUGAGCUUAAACCUAAUUGGAGAAAAUUUAUUGAGUAUUGA